GCCCGGGUCAUCAGCCAAAGCCAUCGCCGGCCCCGUGUUCUCUCCCCCUCUCUCUGCUCAGUUGCCACUGUGCUCUCUCUGGCACCUGGCGCCCAUCUGAGUGUACCACAGGUAGGAAGGAGAGAGAAGGAGAUGGCAGGAGGAGGCGACAACGCCCAGACGAAUGGAGCUCACGACCAGAGAGCCAUGGAGGAGGGGAGGAAAGAGGAGUACGCCGACCAGGGCUGCGCCACGGCCAUCUCCGUUCCGUUCGUCCAGAAGAUCAUCGCUGAGAUCUUUGGGACCUACUUCCUGAUCUUCGCGGGGUGCGGCGCGGUGACGAUCAACGCGAGCAGGGACGGGCAGAUCACGUUCCCGGGGGUGGCCAUCGUGUGGGGAUUGGCCGUCAUGGUGAUGGUGUACGCCGUCGGCCACAUCUCCGGCGCGCACUUCAACCCGGCCGUCACCUUCGCCUUCGCCACCUGCGGCCGGUUCCCGUGGCGGCAGCUGCCCGCGUACGUGCUGGCGCAGAUGCUGGGCGCCACGCUCGCCUCCGGGACGCUGCGGCUCAUGUUCGGCGGGCGGCACGAGCACUUCCCGGGCACGCUCCCGACCGGGUCCGACGCGCAGUCGCUCGUGCUGGAGAUCAUCACCACCUUCUACCUCAUGUUCGUCAUCUCCGGCGUCGCCACCGACAACAGAGCCAUUGGGGAGUUGGCAGGGCUGGCCGUGGGUGCAACCAUCCUGCUUAACGUGCUCAUUGCUGGGCCUGUCUCGGGAGCGUCGAUGAACCCGGCGAGGAGCGUUGGCCCGGCGCUCAUCGGCGGGCAGUACAGGUCGCUCUGGGUGUACGUGGUCGGCCCCGUGGCCGGAGCGGUGGCCGGGGCGUGGGCCUACAACCUCAUCCGGUUCACCAACAAGCCCCUCCGCGAGAUCACCAAGAGCGGCUCCUUCCUCAAGAGCAUGAACAGGAUGAACUCCGCCGCCUAAUGGAUGGAUCAGCUGACCGCCAUGCGUGCAAGAUCGACGCACGAGUGCAUCAGGCAGGGGAGAAAUUAAAUCCUGAUGUGGAGGUAUUCUGUUAAUUUAGCCUAGCUACGAUCACAUAUAAACGAACGUAUGCGUGUGUGUAUAUAUAUGUUUGUGCGUGCGUGUGGAUGGAAGGUAUGUGUUUAAUUAGUAUCUUUGUGAUGUAUGGCUACUUUGAUGAUGUUGGUGAUAUGAUAUACCCCUAUGCUUAAGUAUUUUCAAUGUGAAGAGAAUCCCCACUCUUGCAUCGUGUUGUGA